CAGGCCGUGGGUUAGAAAGCUCAGCAUCAGAGUAGGAUAUGAACAGUAUGGCUGACAGCUGAAACCCGCCAGCUGAACAGAGUUUACAGGUAACAUGAUGGAGGUGACAGGUCCCUGGGCAGAAGUUUUUGAGGGCUCAGAGACGAAGGAGGAGUCAGCUGAGACGCUGUUGGGCAGCUCCACUCUGACUCUGGCUCCUCUGGUAGCUGACUCGCCAUCCGUUCGCCGCUCCCAGCCCAUCCCGAUUACCUCAAACAGGGCGAAGGGCGUGGAGUCGUUCUCGUCCUCCGUCCCAUCCAUACCAAACCCGUUCCCGGAGCUGUCCAAGUCUCCAGUGUUCAUUAGCUCAUUUCCACCACAGUCCUGUGACAAACAUAUGAUUAAGGUGUAUGGAGAGGACAGCCAUAGUAGGUCUGUGUGGAUUUCUCCAGGAGAGACAGCCAGGGAGGUGUGCCACAUGCUGGUGCACAAGGCUCACUGCAGCGACCAGGAAAACUGGGCCCUCCUCGAAGUCCAUCCCACCCUCGGUUUGGAGAGGUGUCUGGAAGACCACGAGGUUGUAUUGGAGGUUCAGGCGACCUGGGCUCUGAAGGGUGACACAAGAUUCAUGUUCUGGAAGAAUUACGCCAAGUACGAGUUCUUCAGGAAGCCAGUGCUCUUCUUCCCAGAGUCCAUGAUCUCUGACAGUGCUGAUGUCAGCAAGGGUAUGACAUCAUCAGAGCUCAUUAAGGACCUGCUGAAGUCGGGGACCUGUCCAGAGAUCCAGGGUUUCCUGCAUGUGAGAGAACCAGGACGAAAGGCCUGGAAGAAGGUCUUCUUCUUCCUCCGCCGCUCGGGACUCUACAGCUCCGCCAAGGGCUCGUCCAAGGAGCCUCGUCACCUGCAGUAUGUGGCUGAUCUGGAUGAGCUGAACGUCUACACUGUGGUGAACAGCCGCAAACUGUAUGGAGCGCCUACAGAUUUCACCUUCUGUAUCAAGCCUUCCAACAAUCCCAUCCGUGUUCAGGAUCUGAGGUUCCUGUGUGCUGAAAAUGAACAGACACGGACUUGUUGGACAUCCGCCUUCAGAUUGUUCAAGCAUGGGAAGCAGCUCCAGUGUAACUACCAGAUGUCCAAAUCAGCUCCGCAAAAACAGGAAGGAACCAACCUCACAGAUGGCAAAUCGAAGUCUGAGGCCAGCCUGGUGGCCAUGGACUUCUCUGGGAAGGCUGGAGGGAGGGUCAUCCAGAACCCGAUGGAGGCCCAGAGUGCAGAGCGGGAGGAGGGGCUAGCCUGGAGGAGGCGAGAGGCCCUGAGGUGCAGCCUGCCUAACCUGAACACUGCUGUGAGACCUUCUUCCAUCCACAAGACCCAGCUGUGGUUUCACGGUCGUGUUUCCAGGAAAGAAGCAGAGAGACUGAUAGAGAAGCAGGGGCUGGUAGAUGGGAUGUUCCUGAUUCGUGAGAGCCAGCAGCACGCUCGCUGCUUCGUCCUGUCGCUGUGCUACGAGCUGAAGACGAAACAUUAUCUGGUGAUCCUGUUUGAGGACGGUGGCAGGACGUACUUCACCAUGGACGACGGCGACACGCUCUUCAUUGACCUCCUGCAGCUGGUGGAGUUUCACCAAAUCAACAAGGGCAUCCUGCCAGUGUGCCUCAAACAUCCCUGCGUCUGUGUAGCUCUAUAAACCCGCGGCUCCGUCACCUCACCUCUGCCCUGCUGCACCACCCGAACUCACUCAAUCAGGGUCUGAAAGAAAAUCUUUAACUGCAGUGGGAUUGAUUUAUCAGGGCUGUGAGACGAGGACUCGUGGGACUCCAAACACGAAGCAUAUUGUCUGCUCCUCCUCCUUUCAGUUUUUUUUAAAUUAUUCU